AUUCAAUACGACCUUUUAAAGUGUAUUCCGCAAUUCAAUAUAUCUUCCACAAUGUUCGCAGCCAUACAUCAUCAGCCACGAACGGAAAACCAAUAAAAGGGACGUACGAGACGCUAUGACAACUUCAGUACGCACCACUCGAGGAUCAAGAUGCAUUCUACCUAUCUCUCGUCUGUCCUGUCGGCCCUCAUCCUCUCUCGCUCUACUAUGGGCCGUGCGGUGACCCCGCUAGCUCGCCGAGCGGAGACCAAGGAUGUAACCUUGAAUGUCGUCAACGCGAAUCUUGCACCCGAUGGCUUCAAUAGGAGCAUGGUCACUGUCAACGGAACUUACCCUGGGCCACUCAUUACCGCCAACAAGGGUGACACGCUCUCCGUCACUGUCAAUAACCAGCUGGCCGACCCGACCAUGCGUUUGAGCACAUCCAUCGACUUCGACGGUAUAUUUUGGAACACCGCCAAUGCUUUCGACGCUGGGACUCCCUUUGUCAAUACCUGUCCUAUUGGACCCAACUCUUCCUUUACAUACGAAGUUCCAUUGACGGACCAAGCAGGCAGUUUCUGGUAUCACUCCCAACUAAGCGUUCAGUACAGUGACGGCCUUCGUGGCCCCUUGAUCGUCUAUGACCCGGACGACCCAAUGGCCGACCUGUAUGAUGUUGACGACGAAUCGACGAUCAUCCAACUCGGUGAUCACUGGCACAACUCCAGUGUGGCCUUGCUUGAACACUAUGUCGCCACUGGCAUUGUCCCUGUCUCUGAUACCGGAACUGUCAACGGCGUAGGCCGUUACAACGGUGGGCCCGAGGUUCCUUGGGCGGUCACCACCGUUACUCCCGGCCUCUCUCACCGCCUCCGUAUCAUCAACCAGUCCAUGCGCAAUGUCUUCACCUUCUCCAUUGAUGGACAUAAUCUCACCGUCAUCGAAGUCGACGGUAUGGCUGUUCAGCCCAUGACCGUGGACAAGCUGGACCUUCUCGCCGGACAGCGUUACUCUGUGAUCCUCGUAGCUGAUCAAGCUGUGGACAACUACUGGAUCAACGCCCCCUACGUUGGUGGAUCUCCCGCUCGUAACUUGAACCAAAACUCCACCCUCUCUCGUGCCAUCCUUCGAUAUGCUGGUGCCAACGAGACCGACCCAGUCACUCCCAUGACCGACGGUCCCGCAGAUGGCGUCGUGCUCCUCGAGUCUAACCUUCAUCCUCUCGUCGCUACGCCUCCCCCGACUCCUGACUUGAACUUUACCUUCAACCUCGACGUCGUGACUGGCAAAGCUAUCUGGAACGUCAACAACGUAUCCUAUCUCCCUCCCGAUACCCCGACACUCGUCAAGAUUCUCGCUGGCGCAAACGAUUCCUCGGCCUUCAAUGCUACGGAAAACACGUUUAUUCUUCCUGCUAACAAGACGAUCCAGAUCGAUUUCCCUGCUAACGAGGACGAUGAAUCUCAUCCUUUCCACUUGCACGGUAACAACUUCUGGGUCGUCAAGUCCAACAGCUCCGAGGGUGUGAUGAACGAGGUCGACCCGGUCAUUCGUGACGUCGUCGCUGUCGGAGCAGCUGGUACUACAGUUCGCUUCAGAACCGAUAAUCCAGGGCCUUGGUUCUUCCAUUGUCACAUCUUCUGGCACAUGCAGGCCGGUCUCGCUACCGUUAUGGCUUCAGGCCUCGACGAUAUACGCGCGAACACGCUCCCUGAUGACGAAUGGGAGAGUCUGUGCCCGGCUUACGAUGCGCUGCCGGCUGAGUUGCAGUGAGCCGAGAGGGACAAGUGAAUGGGGAACGGUGGUCAUGAACUGUUGACUUAUAUUUAUUCAUUGGGUGGCUCAGACCCUCAUUUCUAUCUCUGUUCUAGUAUGUCUAUGUCUGAAAGUAUC